AUGGCGCCAAGGAAAAAGACCACCAAAGUAGCGAAGGAAGGCAAACCACCAGCCAAAGAGAAAAUUCCGACAUAUUCAUCUUCGCAGGAAAUGAGAAGGACCGAACAAAGUGCCGAAUACCGCUCCCUUCGAACAAGGGAUGAGCUUCGCGAUGUAAUGGGCGCAGAAUCGGACGAUUCGCUCAGCAAUAGUGAAAAUGAUUCGUUCCACAGCAAUAAAAACCAAUCGCGCCCGAAUUUUUCCUUCCUGCCGUCGCACAAACACUCUAGCCCGAAACGGACCAAUGUAGCAGCAUCAGUGCAUCGGCUCGCCAGUAUGCCCACCGUACCCAACACUGACCGCGAAGAAACCGCUUCUACCACUGCCUCCACCCCGAGACGCAAUUCGCCACGUGAAGCAUCGAGAAGCACUAGCAAAACAACCAGAAACGAAGCCCAACCGACCAGCUCCAAACAACCGCACAGCCGGAAACAGACAAAACCACACCAACUGAAGCUGCUGAAGGAAAUUAUACACCUGCAAAACACGGUACAUAUGCUGAUUCCAAAGAUGAGUUUUGCCCGCGUCAUUCGGGAGAUCCUGGCCGAGUAUACGAGCCGGUCGAUCCGGGUCACUCCGGAUAUGCUUGUCUGUUUGCACGAAGCGGCGGAAAUAUAUGUGAUACAGCUGUUCGAGGAUGCUUAUCGCUGUACGCUUCACCGGAAUCGCGUAACACUUCUUCCCAAAGACAUGCAAUUAGCCUCCAUGCUUCGGCGCAUUUGA